AAACUCAGAAGCUGGAAGGGCGCUUUCUGCGCUAAAGAUCGUUCCUUCACGCUCGGUCGUUCUUAGAGGCAAAGAAGCAAACAGUUAGUUGGCACUUUAAGGGUAUUGCUUUUGGGUCAUGGAAAGCUGUGAUGAUGAGAAGGAUGGCGGCUCCGAAAACCUUAUCCCGAAGGCGCUAUCGCCCGGGGUAGCAUCUGGGGGUGCCAAGUUCGUGGAUGAGGUGCUUAAUGGUCAGGAUGAAUGCUGCUUGGACAACUUCCGGAUGGACAAGAACGUGUUCUACAAGUUGUGCCACGUUUUGCAGUCGAGAGGCUUGCUGCGCCAUACGAACAGGAUCAAGAUCGAGGAGCAGCUGGCCAUAUUCUUGUUCAUAAUAGGCCAUAACCUGCGGACGCGAGCUGUUCAAGAGCUGUUUAGGUAUUCCGGAGAAACCAUUAGUCGGCAUUUCAACAAUGUCUUGAAUGCGAUUACCGCGAUUUCUUUGGAUUUCUUUCAGCCUCCGGGAAGUGACGUCCCUCAAGAAGUCCUGGGAAAUCCUAGAUUUUACCCUUAUUUCAAGGACUGUGUUGGAGCAGUUGAUUGCAUACAAUUCCCGGUGAUGGUGGCUGUAGAUGAACAAGGACCUUUCCGCAAUAAAAACAGUUUACUCAUGCAAAAUGUGCUGGCAGCUUGCUCAUUUGACCUCAAGUUUCAUUACGUCUUGGCUGGGUGGGAAGGCUCAGCAUCCGAAUUGCAAGUCCUACAUUCUGCUCUCACAAGGCGUAACAAUUUGCAGGUCCCUGAAGGCAGGUACUACCUGGUGGACACCAAGUAUGCGAAUCUGCCAGGUUUUCUAAGCCCAUAUCAGGAUGUACCCUAUCACUUGAAUGGGUUGCCUGGGGAUCAUCAUCCACAGGAUGAAAAAGACUUGUUCAAUCAACGGCAUUCAUUAUUGAGAAAUGCCACAAAUCGCAGCUUUGGUGCUUUGAAGGCCAGAUUCCCGAUUUUAACAUCAACUCCUCCUUAUCCAUUGCAGACACAGGUAAAAUUGGUCGUAGCUGCAUGCGCCAUUCACAAUUUCAUUCGUAGGGAGAAACCAGAUGAUUGGCUUUUUAGAACGUUUGAGCAUGGAGAUGUGAUACAAAUGGAUGAGGCGUUGCCCUCUUUGGAGGUAGAACAGCCAAUGCUCUUUGAGAACCAGGACCUGGAUUUUCCUUUUGUAACAGAAGAUUUAGAAAUGUUUGUGCAACUGCGUGAUUCAGUUGCUACUGAGAUGUGGAAUGACUAUAUCAAUGACGAUUUAUCUGGAAUAUAGACUCAUGUGCAUAUUUUGACUUUUUUAGGCCAUGUUCUUUCUGCUAGAUGACAGGGUUAAGGCCAAACUUGGCUUUUAUUGUGUUUUGGCACUUCCCUGUGAAAAGGUCCCUGUUUGGCUCAUAUUGUUGUUUUUCCUCUCUAUGAGCAAUGCUUGCAACUUGCUGA